GGGCAGCGCGUCGGUUGCAAUAUGGCGGCCCCCACCAGGCCUGGGAGCGCUGCCCGACACCAACAUGGCGGCCGUGGAGGCGGAUGGAAGUCAGAACUGAGCAUGCGCGCAGUGCGUUGUGAUGUCAUCGCUCGGCGCCUCGAGAAAGGCGCCGCGUGGAGGAUGAAGGCGUGCAGUACAGCGGCGGCCCCGGGCCCUGAGGGGCCCAGCGGGGAGGCCUCGGCCUCCGUUUCCGAUCUCGCCCAGACCUCAGCCGUGGGUCCGGUCUCUGAAGUUCCCCAGGCUCCAGCCCGCCGCAAGGCCGCCAAGAAGCGGAAAGAGGCGGCGAUGGUGGCCAUCCCCCGGGGCAGGCCCAAAUCGGGGCGGGUGUGGAAGGACCCGGGCAGGAAGAGGUUCUCACUCAUGGUGCAGGACAAACCUCUUCACACUUCGUGGCAGCGAAAGCUGAAGGAGCGGCAGGAGAAGAAGCUUGUGAGGGACCUGGUGCAGCAGCUUCAGGAGGCGAAGCAGAGGGAGAGAGAGGAGAAGAAGCGGCGGCGGGAGGAGAACCUCAGAAGGCGGCUGGAGAAUGAGCGGAAGGCAGAGAUUGUUCAAGUGAUCCGCAACCCAAUGAAGCUGAAGCGGGCAAAGAAGAAGCAGCUGCGCAGGGUGGAGAAGCGGGACACGCUGGGCAUGCUCCAGAAGGCACCUGUGAAGUGCAAAGCAGCUGCACAGUGAGGCUGGAGUUCUGCAGGUCCUGCUGCUCUCUGGGGCCUCAGCUCGGAAUGGACAGCAGGAUGGAAAAGGAUCCAGCUGCUGCGUGCCCUGUCUUGUAAAGCAGGUCGUUGUCAGUGCCUGGUGCUGGACUGAGAACUGCUCAAAUCUACCUUUUCUUUAUUAAAAGCAAAGGGAAAUUGCUCCA